AUGUCAGACUCUAAUCAGUCUUCCAUACCUACCAUCAAACUCAAAGAAGGAGAGCCAGGUAUCUCCAGCCUUUCUCCAAUCGGCCUUGCAUUUUCUGAGGCAAUAACUUAUAUAAACCACCACAAGCGCCUGAAUCUCGAAGAAGACGCCCGCAAGUGGCUCAUCGAUGCCGCGAGCUCCAUUAUUGAACGCCUAAAAACGGAAUUGGAGGGACUCUACCAAAUCACCAGUAGAGGAGAUUUGACUAAAGUCCCUCUUUGGGUAACUAGACCCAGCGAAUGCUUGUCCAUCUUUAUCAAAUGCCCACCCGCACUAUCGAAACAGUAUUCCCAAGAAAUUAGUUCACUUCGCAAGUUGAAAUCUCUUGCGAUAUAUGAGAUCAAUUGGAGGGCUACUAUGGACUGCCACAGGCAUCCCCAUCACGAAAAACAUUUGGAGCCAAUUUCAAAGAUGGAAACACCGACUAGAGCGAGGAGACAGUGA